GGAGACUCGCGAACGGCACUCUGCUAAAGCAUCUCCACCACGACUGUAAUCCGACUACGCCACCACGACAUUCGUCGUUGGCACAGAACUUACCAUCUCGACGGGAACAUGAAUCCGCUACAGCUGUUAAAUCCCAAAGCUUUCGCGAAGGAGAAAGCCAAGUCGGUGAAGAAGACGCCCAACUAUGGUCCACAACAAACACGGAAACCUGCGCCUUCUCGGCAGCCUGACUACGACCCAAGAUCUCUGCUAGACCCGAGGGCCGUCGCCACUUCGCAAGAUGGAGCCAAGAACAACUCGCAAUUCAACUCAACAAGCGAUGCCGCCGAAGAUACCCGAUACAGUACUGCGCGCAUGAUCGAAGAUCUCCAUGGCGUUCAAGAGCGCGAUGCGCCAAUGAUGAAACGCAAAGCUGUUGCCACUGAUCGAGACGGAUCCGAUGAGGAGCGCAAGAAACAGAAGACCAUACGCGCCAACAAAGGUGGUCUUAUUAGCGACCACCUUGAGCAGGAGCGUCGCAACAUCGGUGCCAGCGCGAUUGAUCUCACAAACGAUGACGCCGACGACGAAGUCAUCGAGCAAGGUGUCUCUGUCGUUACUACCUCCAAGACUUUCGAAGACGAGGAGGUGUGUCUGGGAGUGUUUGAUACUACUGUCAACGCUCAUCGCGUACCGAGCGUUUCGAGCGCUUCCGGCAUUCCAAAGUCUCACUGGCCAAACAGUCGCAUUACGUACAAGCGAGACGACCCCAAAACAAAGAUCAUCCAUCUAAUCGACAAUGCCGGCGCACGAUUUGGUAGCAUGGAUAUGAGAGCUGCCGUUGCGCUGUCUCCACUCAUGGAUGGCGAGAACGUCAACCACAUGCGUUGCCGCAUGUAUCUCCUCAAUCGCCCGAAAAAGCCCAACGAGUCCUCGGGAAUGAGAACAUCCCAAUCACUCAAGAUUACGGUGACUAUGUUUUGUCCACGCAAGCUGGCUACCAAGAUCGGCAUGUGGCUAUCGCGACACCAGCUCUUUCUACGCGCACCUCAAGGUUACACCGGCAGAGAGGUCGUCAACCCUCAACUUCCGGUAAACUACGCUCCGGUCGCCAAGGCUGGUGGGUAUCAGCCUCAGAGGAUGUCAGGAGCGAACCAUGUACCCCGUACGACUGAGGAAAUCAAGCGUGAGGCCGAGACCAUGUUUGAUAACUUGGCGAAAGAUGAGGAUCUUCCAGCUAUGGAGAGCAACCCUGAGGUCAUCUCCACGCCUUUGAUGCCACAUCAGAAGCAGGCGUUGGAGUUCCUAAUGACUCAUGAGCGAGACUACGACGGAGAGGAGAUUCCAAGCCACUCACUGUGGAGAUCUAAGGUGAAGGAUAAUGGUCAACCUACUUGGUACCAUGUGAUCACGGGUCUCGAGAUCUAUGAGAAGCCAGAGCCUGUUCGAGGCGGCAUUCUGGCCGAUAUGAUGGGCCUUGGUAAGACGCUGAGUAUUCUGGCGCUCAUCGCAGCAACGAAGUCUGACGCAGCUCGAUUCCGUCAGGAGCGGCCGGAUGACGAUGAUGUUGAUCGCAACGCUCGUGGUACGUUGAUCAUCUGUCCCAAGUCCGUACUCUCGAACUGGCAAGAACAGAUCAUUCAGCAUACUGUGCCGAAAAGUAUUACCGUCUAUGCGUACCACGGAUCGAACCGUAUGCAGGACACCAGUAAGCUGUCUAGGUACGAUGUUGUUCUUACAUCAUACAACACAGCUGCGGCAGAGCUUCAGGAUGGCAAUCGCGUAAGGAAAGCGCUCAGCAGGCUCAACUGGUUCCGCAUCGUGCUCGACGAAGGCCAUCAGAUCCGGACUCAGACGACAAAGGUCUCCAAGGCUUGCUGUGCUCUGUACGCUCAACGCCGUUGGGCAGUCACUGGCACACCGGUGCAGAAUUCCCUCUACGACCUGGGUGCGCUCAUCAAAUUCUUGCGCAUUCAGCCGCUAGACCACCCUCAAACAUGGACGCAAUAUAUCAUGUCUCCGUUCAAGAAUGGAGAUACGGGCGUUAUCCAGCAAUUGCAACUUCUGGUAAGCAGUAUUACUCUCCGUCGCGGAAAGAAGACCAUCGGUCUUUUGGAGCGCAACGAGGAAAUUACUCGCCUUGACUUCAGCGAAUCCGAGAAGUUCCUUUACAAGGCUUUUGCAACCACGUGCCGUACACACUUUCACAACAUCACAGGAGGUGGCAGUCAGCUUCGUGGGAAAGCGUACGCCCACGUCCUCAAGUCUAUUGGUCGUUUGCGCGCCAUCUGUGCCCAUGGGCGUGAGAUGCUCAACGAGGAAGAUAUGAAAGAGAUCGAGGGCGACGACCAGAGCAACGCUAUCGUUAUCGAUGUUGGCGAUGAACCGGGAUUUGGCGACGAGGAUGACUUCACUCCCGACAGCCAAGCCUACAGUCUCUUUAAGGUCAUGCAAGACAGCGAGAUGGACAAGUGUACACUGUGCAACCGCAAGCUUGGCAAGCAAAUUGCCUCGGACGACGUUGUCGAUCUCAGCAAUGAGAGCGACGCAAGUUCCGAUGAGGAAGAGCCUGAAGAAGAGCCAGAUCUGCUCGCUUAUCUCACGCCGUGUUUCCAUCUCAUUUGCACGCACUGCAGAGAGCAGUGGGACGAAGCGUGCCAAAAGAGUCUCACGGUGGACAGGCACUACACCUGUCCGUACGAUGAGUCGUAUCAGCAUAUUGGCAUGAAGCCAUUGACUCGACAUGGCUACGAAAAUCACCUGGACGAAAAGAAGCAGUCGGAGAAACUGCCGACGGCGGCAAAGUGGGACGCGGAAAGCUAUAGCGGACCUCACACGAAAGUCAAGGCACUUUUGCACGACCUCGAAGAGUCUGCAAUCGAGACCAACGCCCUCCCACCGGGAGAGCCGCCCAUCAGGUCUGUCGUCUUCAGUGGAUGGACUGCAUACCUGGACCUGAUUGAAUUUGCACUCAAGUCCCGCAACAUCGGCUACGCACGCCUGGAUGGCUCCAUGUCCAUCAAGCAGCGCACCCAAGCCAUGGACACGUUCAAAACAGAUGAUCGUGUGGUAGUCAUGCUCGUCUCGAUCAAGGCCGGUGGUCAGGGCCUCAACUUCACCGCGGCCAACAAGUGCUACGUCAUGGAACCUCAAUUCAAUCCUGGUGUCGAAGCACAGGCCGUCGACCGUGUCCACCGCCUGGGUCAGACUCGUCCAGUCUUCAUCAAGCAUUUCAUCAUGAACGAUUCGGUCGAAGAGGGAAUUUUGAAGCUGCAGAGAAAGAAAGAAGCUUUGGCGCAAAUCAGCAUGGAUAGGAAGAGAAACAAGCUGGAGGAGAACAAGGCGCGUAUGGAUGACCUCCGAGAACUUUUCAAGUAGGGAAGAAAAGAUGGGAGGGAGAGAAGGAAAGAAGUGAAAGAAAAAGCAGACUUUUUUUUUUCUUUUCUUAAUAUGCUCUUCAGGCUCUACCAGACAGACAUGAGCCUACCAGUAGCUCAUGAAACCGGAGAUAUUGGAGUGUUUUCUCUUUUCUUGCGGGUUCGUCAUCAAUCAGCUAUAAAUGCUGCACUCGCCUAGCAGCAUCUACCUUUACUAGCUGGCUGGCUGGCAGGCAGGUGGAACCUCAGAAUGGAAGCAGAACGCACAGAAUAGAAUGAAUGUAAUGACAAUGACAAUUUUC